CGAUCAUGGAAGAUUAUCCUAAGUAUAACGUUUGUAGUUACUUUUCUUCUUGUGGGACUUCUAAACAACCAGUGGCUUAAAGAAACAGAGUUUCAUCAGAAAUCCAGACACUUAUAUGCCAUAAUUGCAGAAUAUGGUUCAAGACUUUAUAAUUACCAGACCAGACUUCGUAUGCCUAAAGAGCAACUGGAACUCUUGAAGAAGGAAAGCCAGACCUUGGAAAACAAUUUUCGUGAAAUUCUAUUUUUAAUUGAACAAAUAGAUGUUCUGAAAGCAUUGCUUAGAGAUAUGAAAGAUGGCACACACAAUUACAGCUGGAACGUCCACGGAGAUGCUGCCCAGGACCAGGAUAGCACAGAGGUGCUCGAUGAGGAAAUGUCAAACUUGGUACAUUACGUACUUAAAAAGUUGAGAGGGGACAUGGUACAGAUGGCUGAUUAUGCCCUGAAGUCAGCUGGAGCCUCCAUCAUUGAAGCUGGGACUUCGGAAAGUUACAAAAAUAAUAAAGCAAAACUAUACUGGCAUGGGAUAGGGUUCCUAAAUUAUGAGAUGCCUCCAGAUAUUAUUCUUCAGCCAGAUGUCCAUCCUGGAAAAUGUUGGGCCUUUCCAGGUUCCCAGGGUCAUAUUCUAAUCAAGCUUGCCAGGAAGAUCAUACCAACCGCUGUUACCAUGGAGCACAUCUCAGAGAAGGUGUCACCCUCAGGAAACAUCUCCAGUGCACCCAAGGAAUUUUCUGUCUAUGGCAUCGCAAAAAAAUGUGAAGGAGAAGAAGUUUUCCUAGGUCAGUUUACAUACAACAAGACAGAAACCACCGUUCAAACAUUUGAACUCCAGCAUGAAGUUUCUGAACCGUUAUUAUGUGUGAAUCUUAAAAUCCUCAGCAACUGGGGACACCCGAAGUACACUUGUUUGUAUCGAUUCAGGGUUCAUGGUGUCCCCAAUGAUCACACCUAA